UUUGCGCACACACCGCUUCAGCGCUAUGUGUUCGCGCCGUUUGUUGCGUGUCGCUUUGAAUGUCGGAGAUCAGUUGUAAUGCAUGAACAUGCCUGAAAAAGAUGGGAUUGUCAAUCUUUAAGCUAAAACUGUGGUGGUGCUGAAAUGAUGAGUGCAAGUUCCAAGAAUGCAAGAUAAUGGAUUCUGCCUGAAUUUUUUAAAAAAAUUCUUCAAAGAUGCAGUGAUGAGUACCAGUGACUUUCGCUCCCCUCUGGAAUUUUAACUGUCCCGCGGAAACAAAAAAAGUUAAAGAAAAAAACACUCACUGACUGAGCUUGGCACAGAAAAAUAAGGUCGUUGUUAACUCAUAUGUCCGUAUCUGCCCGGGAGGUGGAUAUGACUCGCUAUUUUCAUAGUAUCACCUUCCAAGAUGCAGUCGAGAAAAUCAUUGAUAACCUUAGUUCAACAAGCAAACCGCAAGAAGCUUUGAGCUGGUCGUGUUUCCCCCACACCACAUGAAUAAACAGAAAUGAUCACAGGAAACCAGUUGACGGCGAAACACCGACCACCCGAAAUCUACGUGGUUCAUUUCAGUGAUUUAUUUUUCACUCGGUUGCAAAUAGUCUCACCGCAAAACUAGGCUCCAUUCAGAGCAACACGCCUGGAAUCGACUGUCUGCUUUUUGUGGCUUAUUAUGUGACGUUUGUGCUUUAAAUAAACCUGGGAGGUAGUUUGCGUGACUGUGUGGGUCUUUGAUCUGUGGGUUUUAAAACCGCUUUAAGUGUCAUUUACAGCACACUCCAUCGGGAUAAUUUGCAGGAAACACGUCUUUUGUGGGGUUCAGCUUGUGCCUCCCGCUCUUGAUUCUAAUAUAACGUGGCUGUUUUUAGAGUGUUAACUGAAGGUCUUGCAAGGGUUACAUCUUUGCUAAGAGAUAAGAUGGUGAUUCCGUUUGCAUUUGUUAUUGUGACGGCAAUGAAAGCUGUUAUAGUUCUUGGCCUCUCUCAAGAAACUAUCCAAGCGGACCGACUUUGGCGCCACAAAGAGUCGCUUCGAAAGAGCACCGCCAACUUUCCAGGUGUCAUUGGACACCCUUUUCCUGCAAACGUCGACGAAAAAAGCCGAGUUCUAAAUCGAAAGACUGUCGAUGAUGUGGACGAUCCAAACUUUGGAAAUGUCGACUCGAUGUCGCAUCAAACUUUGCCAGACAAGACUGUUAAACACCGAUCUAAAAGGCUGGUAUUUGAAGUGGAUAAUCGGCUCGUGGUGCCUCCAUCGUUGAUCGAGAAAUGUCCCUUUUCAGCCGCAGUGGUUAUCUCCACUGGCUGCUCUGGUGUCCUGGUCUCUCCCAGGCAUGUCCUUACUUCAGCUCACUGCCUUCAUAACGGAAGCCAUUACGUAGAUGGGUACAGAGACCUACGAGUGGGGUUCCUGUUGAAAAACGGCACCACAGCUUGGCAGGAGAUCAGUAACACCAAGAUGUCGAAACAGUGGAAGAAUGGUAGCGAUCCGAGUGCAACGAGAUUUGACUACGCGCUGAUCAAGUUAAAGGUGAACCAUAGUCGCUGUUUCCUGCCCAUUGCUCCGAGCCAAACGUACCCUUCUGGGAAGAGCUGCACUCAUAAAACCAUUCAUUUUACAGCAUUUGACGAGGACAGGGAGGAAGGCACCAUGCUAUACAGGAAGUGUCGCAUUUUAGGCGUCACCCCCAACAUGCUUUUCCAGUGCUGUGACGCGACAGCAGGGUCGUCAGGAGCUGGUGUUUAUGAGCGCCACAGGAUCAACGGCCGUCGAGAUAAAGUUGAGCGUUACGUGGUGGGCGUGUUUUCCGGAAAUCGCGACCGAGUUUUUAACUCGUACAAGGAGCCUGAGACGAUCAAGACCUGUAAUGGCCGCCUCCCGUAUAUACUUGGGUACCUUCAUUACAUGAGAUAUUAUCGAUAUCAAGUAAAUUACAACUCUGCUCUACGAUUUAAUGAGAACGACGUGUUCCAUAUUUGCACGUGGAUGCGCAAGUUAGGAGGAGCUAACUGCAAGAAGUUCCUUAAGGAAAGGCGGCGAAGACGAAGGCGACAGUUGAGAAAACGUCAUGGAAGAAGCCGAGUCGUGCACUGCGAUCGCAUGGAGUAGAAUCGUUACUGUAACGAAAAGUCUUGCUUGUGUAGUAGGUGAACUUGAUAUAAGUUACACUUAUCUACAGCACGUAUACUGUAAGUAGUGUUAUUUACUAUUGACUAUUCUAUAUAAGAGCCUUUAAGAAAACCACAGCGGCGACGGCAGCGGGAACAUCGCUAAACAAAAGGAGAGCGGUACAAUGGCUAUACACGUGCCUUAUAAUUCUUAGUGCCGUGUACAUGACAUGAAAAAUAGUAUCUGCUUAUUUGAAAGGCCUUCCAAAAUACAGAAGAACCCCGUUUUUCUUUUUGAAAUAUCUUCUUUCGCUUUAGAGUUAUUGACGUUUUUCUAUUAUGCAAAUUAGAGCAGCGAUGACGCCAUACUGUUUGCAACUGAAAAAUGGUAAAAUACUGAAUAAACAAUAUCUCUAGAAAUAUUGAAGCAGUGUUCUUGAAACUUGGCACCACAAAUUUGCAUCACAGAAGAUACAAAAUAACACUCUUAGUGCUGUUGCCAUGGCAACUCUUUCGGCUUUAGUCUCUUUCUGUCAAAAAACCAAAUAUCCCCAUUUGCAACCUCUUAAGUGAGACAAAGGGUCCUGCUUGGAACAUACAUAGUUCCUAUAUUGUCUUAACUCCCAUCAUUAGAGUGGGUGGAGUAGAUGGUUCUUGGUUUAAGACAAAAACUGGAAAUUUCAGUUUUUAUUAAGACAGCACCAGCG